UACUUAUUUAGUAUUUGUAUAAUGUAACGAACAACGACUAUAACUCCACUUAUAUUUUAUAAAAGAGAGUGUUUGUAUCAUAUCCAUAAUAUAAUAAUCCAUCUGAUUAAUAUUCUAGUUUCAUUUAUUUUAUGUGACAAUAAAAUUUUAAUUUUUGUUUAAAAAUAAAAAAAUAGAUAGACACAACAGCCUUAUCAAUUUAUCAUAUAUAGUUCAGUUAAUUAAUAUUGAAGGUUGCUCUUUAUUCGAAAAAAAAGUAAUAAUCAUGGGAGCUUUAAUGAGUUACAUAUGGGGUCCAUCUUUACCACCGGAUUAUGAUGUGCCAGAUGAAAAAACCGGUAUUUCACAAAGAGAUAAAGAUAAUGUGCAACAGGCGUGGGAAUUGAUCUUGAAAAAAGGUGUACGAGAAAUGGGUAUUUCAUUAUUUAGUAGUUUUUUCGAAGCCUACCCACAUAAUCAAAAGUUCUUCAGAACGUUUAAAGAUACACCAAUUAGUCAAUUGUCACAAAAUUCGUUAUUUCGAGCACAUUCUAGUAAUAUAAUGCAUGCGUUUACAGGAAUUGUUGGUUUGUUAGACGAUCCCGAAGCAUUAGUUGAAACAUUAUUAAAAUUAGGCUCCAAUCAUCGUCCAAGGAAUAUUGGCAAAAAACCAUUCGAAGAAUUCCGUGCAGCAUUACCACUAUGGCUAUCAAAAGAGUUGGGCUCACAGUUUGAUAAAGGCAAAGAAGAAUCAUGGGAUAAAAUACUUAACUUAGCAUGGAGUAUAAUUUAUCAAACACUUUUAGAUGAAAAAAAACAAGAUACCAAAGAAUCAUAACAUAAAUUAAUUUUAUUUGUAAAGCUUAUUUUUUA